GUAAUUUACGAUACUCGUAAUAGUACCAGGAAGCAGCAAAAGUCCACCCGGUGGUGCUGUGAUAUUGAGAGGUCAUACAUUUUCAAAAAAUCAAAGACAACACAACAGGUAAGUGUGGUGUUAUCGGACUAGUUACAUAACAUUAAACAUGAGCAAAAUCAGAUUCAAGUAAACGCCUGCUAUGUGUCGUUAUGUGUCCUUGCAAGGCUACCUGAAUGCUAGCAUUAGUCAGGCUAUCUCGUGAACUGCCUGGCUAGCUUGAUAUCAGAGAGCAAAAAAAGUAGUUUGUUAGAUAAUUCGAGAACAUUGUUUUCUUCCCUAUCAUAGUUACUGUUUUUGUAGCUGUUAUGUGCUUAGCAUUAAAUGUCCUGCUUGCGUACCUACGUUGUAUGGCGUUUGAGCUCCUGUAGUGUCAUCAUUUACCUUGCUAACUUAGUAGCUGCGCUCGUUAGCCGGUGUUCUGUCGAAAUUUGCUGCCGUGUCGAAAAACGCGCCGUGUAGCACGAAACAGCAGCACGGGCUGUCAGCUUAAGAAAUUUACGCGUUUUAUAUCACCGUAGAAGUAAAAGUAAGGCGAGCUUUGAUUUAGUAUUUUAAAACCAUUACCUGGGACUUCUAGAGAAGCAUAGUUCAAUAUAUUGAGAUUAUUGAAAAUCAACGUUACCGGAGUGGAAUGAUUUUACACCUCACUUAUACUUACUGCAUUUGCGCUAGGUCACGCGAGGUCAAUGGAUUAUAAAAAUCUGUAUUAAGACUUUAGAGCAACCCGAUGGUCAAACAGCCUCUUUCAAAUUCUGCUGCCAACUACCUGAAUUGAUUACACGCAUGCGCAGAGUCACCGAGUAAACCUCUCGAUAGGAAGCGUCUUUGGAUACAACACCUGCGGUUUGCUGACAGGAGCCGGCAACAUGUCGUGACUUCCCCAGGUCCCAUCUGUCACUGUUUGUGUCACGCUAUUUUUCUGAUCAGCUACUUCCAAAGUGAAUCAGUGUGAACGGGUCUGUGGUCAAACAUUGUAGUUGGCAGGCUUAUGGUAAGGGGCAAGGGGUGAAACAAUGCCAAGGCUUGCGUGUGUAAAGUAAAAGGUUUGUGUUAUAGCCCCCCCCCGUUCCCAAAUUAGCUGUUACUUUGUCCUUGUUUGUCGUGGAGGGGCUUUUCUUUUUGAGUAUGCAGUCGUCAGAUGUUUCUGGAGGUGGUUAUGACAGGUUAGGACCUGGGCACUGUGCAUAGUUGCUCAAAAAUACUCUCCAAGUCAGCACACAUUCAUGUCAUGCUGAAGUUUUUGUACUCAGCUACAGAAGUUUCACCUGUGUCCAUACUGAAUUCUUACAGAUAUCUUCCAGCUGAUAUGAGCUGAUGUUGCCAGUGUAAAAUCUAUUAUUACAACAUCACACCCAUGGUCAAUUAUUUUUAAUUUGUGUAAAUAUGUUAAUACUUAUCUGAGUUAACCUGUUAUUAUCUAUAUCCAGGCCUCACACUGUAUAAAGUGACUUUAAAUUGAGUACCAGUGGAUCCUAGCUGUUAAUACAAAAGCAAUUCCCAUGUUCUUAAAAAAAUUCUGAUGUCGAGGACCUGCAGUUUACAAUUUUUGUUUUGUUAUAGUGUUUAAUCGUGAAAAAUGCUUGAGUCAUGAUGACCUCCUAGGUUUUUAAAUGACACAUUCAAACUGAUUCUUUUGUCAGGCAGUAGUUCAAGGAGUGACGACUCAAGAGUGAGUCUCUAUUUACCUUAAAAAAGCCAGAAGAGGCAAAUGUUGACACAUUUGCUCGGUAAAUAUCUGAAAUAAUUAAGUAAAUACAGACAAAGUUGGUGACUAACUGUCAUUGCAGCUGUAGUGAACCUUAUUUAUGGACAUUUUGUAAACAAAGUCACUUCUUAAUACAUUACUAUCAUUGUCUAUUGUUACUCUCAUCUGAGGUCUACUGUUUAAUGGCUGACCUCAUUUUCAAAGCCAGUUUGGUUUUUAGUUUAUUCCUUUAUCUUGCACACACAGCACCGACUCAGACCUGCCUUUUGGUUUCAGUCUCACCCUGGUACACACUUUAAAAGAAUCUAUGCAAAACCUUGAAUUUGAUAGCCUGGCUGGGCCAUCCUGUUGCGUGAAUCACUUGCCGCUCCUUCCCACAACACCAUGAGAACAAUGAACUGAGGCCUCUUAUCCCUAGGCAAUAAGUUUAAUACACCAGACGUUAUUUAAAAAUGAAACAUGAUACUGUCAUAAACUAGUCUGGGUUAUUUCUCUGUGUUGAACUCGGAUGUUUACUGUUUGUAGAUGGGGGAAGGGGCUCCACCUUUAUACAGCUCUGUCUUGCAGCAAAGCUAUUCAUAGAGCAGAGAUGGAGGCUUAACUGCAAAUUUUUUAAUCAUGAAAAUGUUAUGGUUUAGUUCUAGUAAUCCUUAUCUGAUAACCUAAGAAUACUCAUGAUAUUGCAAACAACCUCAUCAAAGGUGUAGCGUGAGUUUUUCUAUUUUAGGAUCUGAUAACGAUUCAUAUCAGUCAGUAAUUUUCAACAGUGACUUAAAAAAGCCAGUACAGUAUACGUAUUUAUUAAUGAAUCCAGGAUAGAUAAAAAACAAAGUGUUAAAAAAAACUGAUAAAUAUCUUCUCUAUUAUUUAGAGAAAGCAACAAUGUCUGGAGAGGUGGCCCUGAACAUAAACAUCAAGGAGCCAAGAUGGGACCAGGGCACGUUUAUGGGGCGUGCCCAGCACUUCUUCAUGGUCACAGACCCGAGGACAGUCCUGCUGUCCUCUGAAACGCUGGAUGAGGCUCGAGUUAUCGUGGAGAACUACAGGUAGAUGGUCUAAAGAUGAAGUAUGGAGAUAUCAAUAUGUAUUGAAUAAUGUAUAAAAUAAAAAUGUAUGAGGAUGUAGUCUUUAAGUCAUGAAACAUCGGUCCUAAAAAUUUAUUUACCUUUGUGAGACCACAUAUCAGAGCUGUUUGUAGGUAAUCCCUCUUUGCUUGCUUGUUCAGCAAAUCUGUACUAAUCCAAGAGCAAACUUUCUUUCUCCUGCUGUUGUGUUUCAAUCUGUGUGUAAAAUGCCACGUCAUCCCUCUGUUUUGACUUUUCAGAGCUGGAAUUGUGAGGCCCGGCCUGACUGAGGACGAGCUCUGGAGAGCCAAGUACAUCUAUGACUCCGCUUUCCACCCCGAUACUGGAGAAAAGAUGUUUGUGAUUGGCCGGAUGUCCGCCCAAGUGCCAAUGAACAUGACCAUCACUGGCUGCAUGCUCACCUUCUACAGGUACAGCUUCAUUCUGGGUGGAUGUAUGCAUAAGUUCAUCAUAGUUACACAAAAAGAUGGUAUGAAAGAACAGAAAUAAAUAUUACUGUCAUGCUGCGUAGACAUGGGGUGGUUUCUGUGUCAUUUCACUGCAUAAAAUUAGAGUUUAAUCCCUGUGCAAAGUGAAAAUCCUCUAAAGCAUGAAAAAAUAACUCUCACGACUAUAUACUGAUAAUCAUUUGGCAGCUGAGACCACAGAGAUGUCACAUGAUAAUGCAGUUAUUUCCUUCCCCUUAAACUCAACUUUUAUAUUAUUAGGAUUUCUACUUUUUUCAUACUUUGUCUUGUGAUUAGACAAGACAUGCCAAACCCCUGUUAAGUUUUAAAGAGACAGAGUAUAAAUCAAAUGUUUUUUUCGCAUGGUUAACAACAACAUACUUUAGUUAUAGAUAAACUUGUGUGUUAUCAGUGAGACCUUCCUGACAGGAUGAUAAACAUUUCACACUUAGAUAGAAAAAAAGACAUGACUUUGAGCCACAUGUGUUUUUGUGGUUUUCAAGACUCUACCGCACUACCAGAUGUCUUGGUGUUUCAUCGAUUGUAUCAGCUACAUCGAAAAAAGUCGAGUUGACUGAUUUAUAUAACACUGAUAAAUCAGAUUUAGGGGACAUGAAGUUUGCUCAAAAUGAUAUUAUAAGAAAUAAACUUUUUCUACUGUGAGGACUAGAACAUCUAAAGCUGUAAAUAUAAAUAUGAAGUACUUGCAUCGUCACCAAAACCAUACUGCUGAAGUGUCAGCAAUUCUGUUUACCCUGUGAGAACUCACUUCCUCAAAUAUGCUGUCGUUGUUCCCUCGUGUCUGCAGGACUACACCAGCUGUGGUGUUCUGGCAGUGGGUUAACCAGUCCUUCAACGCUGUCGUCAACUACACCAACCGCAGCGGAGAUGCCCCCAUCACCCUGAAGUAGGGAGGACUUCUCACUUCCACCCCCACUCUAGAUCAUUCCUGUCCUCCCUCUAAACUAGUGUCUGUAAGGAGGCUGUGGGAGCUGCUGUCCUCUCUCCCCUUCCUUCACGGCGGUAUUUCGUUCCACUGUUAAGCAUGCUCAGGCCAAAGUCACCGUGCACUCAUGCUGACAUAGGUUACAAGCUCCCAGUUGACUUCAGGCCAACACACAGCACCAUUCUGUUUCCAUUGAACCACAAAAAUCAUCUGUUGCUGCAGAAUUGCAUGUGAAGUAUUUGUAACAGAGUGGCUUAAAUAUAAAAUAUGUUAAUGCAUAUUGAAGAUGAGCAUGUCACACAGAUUGGUGUUAAAGCGUCCUCCAUUGCUGUUCCAUCAUUUGUCAGGAUGUUCCUGUCCUUGGCCUCUUGCACACAGCAUGCAUUUGUGCUCUAACUGAGGCAGCUCUUCUUUGAAAAAAUGUCUCACUUUUGUGUUCUGACACAUUCUCAGUCACAGUUUGUGUGCUCUGUAAAAAUAAGAGCUUUUUCUGAUGUGUGUGAAAUGUGAAAAAAAAGGAAGUGGGUAAAGAAUGUGUGAAAAUGUCUCAAACAUCUGUGUCUUUGCAGUCAGCUUGGUGCAGCCUACGUGAGUGCUACUACUGGAGCUGUAGUCACAGCUCUUGGACUGAAGUCUCUAGCCUCGGUAAAGUCUCCUGGUUGUGUUAUAACCUGAUAAAGUAAAUCCAAAUAAGUCUGAUACAGAAACUCUGCUGUGCUGUGAAUGUGUGUCUGACUCUGUCUGAUCUCUACAGCGCCUUCCUCCAAUCGUCAGCCGCUUUGUCCCCUUUGCUGCUGUUGCUGCCGCUAACUGUAUCAACAUUCCCUUCAUGAGACAGAGGUGAGAUUACAGGUCAAAACCAAUCAACUCUUAGUUCACUCACGAGCUUGUUAAAACUGACAGCUGCAACAAUUUCACCACAUUAUUUUUUUUACCCUCCUCUCCGUGCAGGGAGUUGAAGUUCGGGAUCCCUGUGACGGAUGAAAAUGGAAACCGGUUAGGAGAGUCUCCUAAUGCUGCCAAGCAGGCCAUCGCACAGGUGGUGGUGUCAAGGAUCGGAAUGGCGGUGCCAGCCAUGGGUAACUCUGACACUAUAUCUGUGUUUUAAAGUGGCAAUUAUGAAAAGUGUUAGCAUAACAGUGGAUUAAACGACAUUAAGAGAAAUACUGAAAGUGACUGACCUGUGGAGGGUAAUUGCUUGACUCUGCAGCUCCCUUUGAAUUAACAGAUCUGUUUAGAGAGGGUUUUUAGUUCAUUCUGAAGCUGAUUUUGUCACAACCUUUCUUUAGUGCUAUCAUAUAGUCAUUUUUGGCUAGAGUAGUCGCUGUUUUCAGAGAACACUUGAAAAAAACGUAUGAAGUGGAGCUUCUAUUAGCUAAACAGUUGACAGAUAUAUGAAGAUAUUUAACUGAAGUGUCGUUAGAGGCUGAAAAAUAAAGCCAAAGGGUGAAAAGUGUUGGUUUACGUUGCUGUGUACCUGCUGGAUGUGUGAAUCAUCUUCUUGUUCAUGUUUGUUUAACUUUAACGCUGAUAAUACAUGAGGUGGAAAAGUUCCUAACUCUGUUUCAUUGCUCCCAAAAACACAAUUAGUCCAGUUAAACUUUACCAGUGGAUUCAAAACUACAAUCCAGACUGAAUUUGAUUUAAUAAUGAAUAAUAUUGGUGGUAAACAUGAGCCUGUUGUAGCCUUAGCUGUACUUACCUUCACUGUGAUGAGCCACAAACACCUUGUUUGAAGCUGACAACCCCUCGUCAUCCUGUUAACAUUUGAAAUUCAGCGGCUAAAGACAUAAAAGAAUUUCAAAUGCGUUACUGAAGGUAUUCAUGCAUAACAAUCACAUCUGGCUGUUUUUUCUUUGUUGCAGCUAUCCCCCCUGUGAUCAUGAAUGCUCUGGAGAAAAGAGCUUUCAUGAAGGUAAGCAGAUUGCAUGCAUGCCUGUUGCUCUGUUGUUUAUCUUGUCAGUGGAUUUACUGGGUCUGCUGGUAUGUUGUGAGGCUGGAAAUAGAGCCGUUUACUGCAUGUUGUGCAUACAUUGGAUUCUUAAAUCAGGCAGACAAAUUGAUGAGUUAAUUUUUUUCCUUUUCUGAUUUUAUAGCGGUUUCCUGUUCUGAAUGCUCCAGUGCAAGUGGGACUUGUCGGUCUUUGGUAAGCCAAUAACUGAUCGAUAAUUGGGCAUGAAAAAGAAAAGUGACGAUAUCUAAGAUCUUCCCCUCCCUUUUCUUUUCAGCCUGGUGUUUGCCACUCCUCUAUGCUGCGCCCUCUUCCCUCAGAAAAGGUACCGGCACCCACAACCCUCUCUCUCAUACUUGUAAAGGUAAUUUUUGAGCAUUUUAACCAAACAGUCUUUCUGUUUCUGCAGCUCUAUGAGCGUGAGCGGGUUGGAGGCAGACCUGCAGGAGAGUAUACGACAGGCCAGUCCCGGCACCACCACGGUCUACUUCAACAAAGGCCUGUAGGACCAGAAAACACAUCUCCAUGCACACACACAAGAGGAACAGACACUCAUAUUCAUGUAUACACACACACGUCUGUUGGCUUGCUGGAGAGCAUCGCAAAAAUUAUUUAUGCAUAUUUUUUUUUUUUUGUUGUUACAUGUACCGCUGCAAUUUUUUUUUUCUCUAAUGCUCCAGAGCUGCUCCAGGUGUCAAGAGUGGAGGGUGUUAAUGUUGAUUGAUUGACAAUUUGGGGUUUAUUGGAGGGAGAAGGAAACACUGACAGCUCUCACUGUACAUAGAAGUCACUCCUCUUCUCUUUUUUAUUAUUUUUGUGUUGUGGCGUGUUUUUCGUCUUCCUCUGGUCAAACCUGCCAACAGGACGGCAGCCAAUAAUGUAACUGAUAUGUGUCUCACUUACCCUCAUUUCAUGCUGCAUUCAGGUUCAUGCAAGUUUGAAGUCCUCCGGUGACUCUUUUGUGACUCCAGUUUAAAUGAAGGCUUGUGCUUGAGCGUAAGUCGUGUUAUUGUUUCUGAAUGUAUGUUAUGUUUUUGCCUUCGUUCCUCCCUCAUCUAGCUUUUUUUCUGUUUACUUUUUCUUCAGUUAUUGUCACAUUCUUGUGUUUGGAGACUGAUAUUUUAAGCUGUUACGUACGUUACGUCUAAUUAAUUUCCAUCUUGUAGUUCUUCUGGAAAAACCAGCAUUUUAGCCACCUCUAAGUAGUCCAAACCGUGAUGAAUAACUUCCUCUUGUGUCAUUUCUGUGUUGACCGGUGCAGCUUCGUGUUCUCAUUAUCUCUCCUUUAAGUGUACUUAUGCCCCUUCGUAUUUAAAAACCGAGUAAAGAGGUGCUAGGUAAAAAACACAUUAUGCAGCACUGACUGCGAACACUCAUCAAGCACAGCCAUUUAAAUAGUUCACCAGUGAACACUAAUGAGUGUGAGUUUUAUAUUCAAGUAUGUACUGUCAUGGCCUUUCAUCACUUGAGGUCACUUUAUGAAGUAGUGAGGUCGCUUUAGUGGCGUAUUAAUCGAACUCUUUUGGUUGUUGUAGGUGGUAGUGGUUGUUUGGUGGUAGUGGAAGAUUAUUCUAUUGUGUCUAGAUGUUGUUGCUAAGAGACGGGCUGUGAUGUGAUCUGGAAGUCCUUCGCUUUGGUUUAACUGUGUUUUAAAUACAGUGAUGUGCAGAAAUCAGAUUAUCACUGUGGCCACAUGAGACUUAAACGGAUGAUAAAAUGAGCAGAUUUAAAGCUCCUGUGAGGAUUUUUUUAGCUGGUCAGGAGAAAGAUUUUUUAACCCUUUGUAUGAACCACCUCCUAUAGUGCACCAUAAGCACAUUUAUAACGCGUUAUAAAGUGCUUAUAACACUUCCUAAACAUUGCUAUAGGCUGUUAUGAAUGAUUAAAUCACUCAUAAGGGGUGUUAUAAAGCCUUAAAGAGGCAUCACAAAUGUGCUGAUGAUUCAUUAUAUAAAGUGUUGAAAUUGAUAUUGAUGCGUCUUCAUGAUCUGCAAAAGGGACCAUUGGCGAUGAGAGUAUUUCUUUGUAGCUUUGUUUUUAAUGCCUGUAACUGAAGCUACAGAGAAGGUGUCUGACACAUCUGAAACGAUCCAUGGUGAGCAGUCUUGAUGAAUGACUAAUUUUACUGUUGAAGAAAGCUGUACGGGACUAACUUGCACUACUUAAAAUGUACGGUACAAAAUUAGCAAAGAGGUGAGAAGCACCGCUUUGUCCACAGUGGCUGCACACAAGCUAAAAAGAUCCUCACAGGAGCUUUAAAUAAGUGAGAAUCGGCUAAAACAGGGUGUUUUUGUGUCGAAUAACCAGCUAGACUUCUGCCACAUCUCUGUAUGCACUGCAGUCACUGGUUUCAUGUCGUACCAAAUGAAAGUAGCAGUCCCAGUCAAAGUUUUUGAUGCUUUAUUGUAGAUCCGGCUGGUUGGUUUCUGUGUUUUUAUUGUUGCUUCUUUACAUCGGAUGGUUUGUCUGAGUUUUAGCUUCUCUGAUCAAACUCAUCAUCAGGCUGUUGAAGCACGAGUCUGGUUUGAUGGUGUUGAUGGUGAACGUGAGGGAAAAAUCAGCUGACUUUAUGCCAGUGUCUUAUGUCUAUGUGGUGUAAAAAUAAGUAUAGUAUAUUUCCAUGAAUAUAUUUAUAAAUAUAUACGUAUAAUGAAAGAUAUUUGAGCACAUGCAUUAGACAUUUUAGAGAUUUUACUUUCAGGGUGUUCCUCUGUUUACACACCAAUCAGACGGCCCCUUAUAUGCAACAGAUAGAAGUGAGAGAAGCUCCUACUUGAGGGGGGGAGUGUUUUCUCCACUGAGACACAGAUUAUAAAGUAUGACUCAAUGUUUGUGAAAAGUGAAGUGUACGUUGGUGAAAAUAAAGCAGUUAGAUUGUAAAAUUAAUCCCCUUCAAGCACCUGAAGUCAUUUCACUUUAUGUUUUCAAAUUCAUGUUUAAACAUCCAUUGAAAGUUUACUGAUAGGAGUCUUUUAAGGGACUGUAGCAACUGCACAACUAUUUUUAUGAAUCUACGUCUGCACAGAGAGAAAUGUACAACGAUUGUGUUUAUAUGCAACCUUUAAAAAUGAAAGGUUUGAUUCCAAAGUGCUCUCCAGAUCCUCUUUAAAAAUGUAAUCCCUAAAAUGUACCUGUACUGGAGUCUCUCUAACAUGAGGCAGCGACUCCUUUUGAGGAUGGGGAAGUCUUACUUUGAAACGAUGGAUGUCUCAUUUUGGAAUGAAACUCUUCAUGAAGCUGCUCUUUAACUCUUCAUACUCUUCAUCAUCCAUGUUUUCAUAUCCACCUUUAACCAACUCCUCAGCCUCCUUUUCCCUUCUGUGUUUUUGCUUAUUGUGUUGUGGGUGUUUUCCUGCUGAUGCUGAAACUGCACUAUUAAACCUUUGCUGUGCUGCUGUAGGACUUAGAUUUGGGUUGCUUUUUAAAAGGAGCUUUUAAAAUGUGUAUUAAAGAUUGUAUGUGUGGAUAAUAUUGUAUGAUCCAUUAUAUUGUUAUGACUAAUAUGUCCUUCAUUCUUUAUCUGGCGGCUUUCUUUGCUCAUGAGUUUUUCCUGUUAUGUUUUUCUGCUCUUGGAGUUAACACGCUAAAGUGUCAAGAACAAAACUAGAGGGUUUUAGUCGGCAUGGGGUAACAUUUUCAAACGUGUAUCUCAGCUUGUGACUCUACCAGCGUAACACGUCACACCCAUAGAUCUAGCCAAAGAAGAGACGGGUAAGAUUUGUACAGGACUGAGGAGAUGAAGUGUCUAGCUUUUUGUUUCAGCUUUAUCAAAUGGACCUUUUUGUCAAACUUUUUUUCAUGCAAAAACAUAAAUAUGUUUUGUUUAACUGAAGUGGUCCUUGACCUUUGCAAGUUCAACACUCAACACCACACCAAAUGUUCCAGAAGCAUCACACUACAGGUCAUAUUUUUGUUGAUUUAAUGGAGUGUGUAGUACAAUCUUCUAUUCAACUUGACCUUUACAGUGAAUUUUGGUGCAGGAUUUGAAAACUGACUUGUCCCCAACUUCGGUUGGUUGUGUAAAAUCUUUGCAGACUGAAGGCACAAAUGUAAAGACAAUCUUUGUUUUUGUUACACUCCUUGAAUGUUUCGGUUACAUGACAACAUUCAGUCAGUAUUGGUGCACAGUAUGUCCUCCCUUCAUUUUGUAUUGUGUUGAAAUAUAUUUCCUUGACGUGAAAUGUAUUUUACUCAGAGCAAUAGAAUAAAAUAUGUAACAGUAAAAGUCCAAA